UUUUUACGGCAUAGGAGGCGGCGCGGGAUUCAAAAUAGCGCGGCACAGUGGGCACAAUUGCCGGUCGUUUGAGUGGCUAGGACCUGGACUACGACGUCAUCUUUCACGGUAAAAUGCUGUCUCACACAGUAUCUAUGAAAUGUGUCCGGGAGUUUUGUCAGGUUACAGGCACGGAUGAAGAAACUGCUCGCUCAUUUUUGUCAGCUUGCAACGAUGAUUUGGAUUUAGCUGUGAGUCUGUAUAUGGAUGACCCUAGUAGAGUUCCAUCUCACAGUGCUACAGAGGAAUAUCGUGCCCCCAUCCCUCAAAGAAAUGAGCAGCUACUGCCUGUAGUUGUGCCACUUCUGCCUACUCAUUUGCAAAAUCCAGCUCCACUUCAAACACGUCGGCGAGCAUUUGUGGCCGAAGAUUCCGAUGAUAGUUCAGGCGAUGAUGUUAUCCUGACAAGUGGUGAGGAGCGUUCAGUGAAACCACGAUACAAGCCUAAUUCAUCAUCAUCAUCAAAUACAGAAGGUGUUAACUCUGGUUCAUCAAUUGCUCGUUCAUGUCACGGUCAUGUCAAUGGAGUAAAGAAUGAUACUACGACACAACAAAAGAAAAAGCGACACCUACAGGAACUUUAUCAGCCUCCUGUUGAAUUAUUAUUCAAUGGAUCGUUGAAUGCUGCUGCAAUAACUGCUCAAGAGAAACAUCAAUGGUUGCUUGUUAGCGUCCACGAUGAAGGGUGUUUUGAGUGUCAUUUGUUAAACCGUGAUGUUUGGAAGGAUUCAAAAGUUUAUCAGCUUAUCAAACACCAUUGUACAUUCCUCCAAAUUCCUGUGGAUAGUCCUGAAGGCUUACGCUUUCGUUCUAGUUAUUCCUAUGUUCAGUCUGCAUCGCAUAUAGCUGUAUUGAAUCCGUUUACACGGGAGCAAAAAAUGAUGUGGACGCAUUUGAAUGAUCCUAGGAUUGUAUAUGAUGUUUUAUCCGAGUUUAUGAAACAUUCUGUGCUGAUUAAUCCUAAUAAUAAUGUCAAUAAUGGUCAUGAAAAUAUCAACACUUCUUCUACAUCUAUUAUUGAUGAUAAUCCAUCAUUUCCACAAAGUUUACCAAGACCAGCAACAACAACAGACGACACAACUAUUCAUUAUUUGGAUGCGAAAAGACCACGUCUACACCACAGGAUGUCAACAAACUACAAUCGUUAUUCGACAGUAGGCUCAUCAUCAUCAGAAGGCGGUGGUCAUUCAUCUUCACAAAUCACAUCUAUCUCUAAUACAUUAGAUUUAACUGAAGAUGAACAACUUCAAUUGGCUAUAGAAGCAUCAAAAAAGGAAGCAAAUAAUAAGCAAUUGAAUAGCUCUCAGAAAUCGUUCACCAUAGAUGGUGAUAGUGAGAUAGUUAUCACAGAUAACGAAGAAGAAGAAGAAGAAGUUGACGUUGACAACUGCCAGAUUAGUUCAAGCGAAGCUUCACAACCUGAUACUGAUCGAAGCGGAGUUCAUGAUAGUGAUUUGGCGGAAGAUUGUAUCCUUGUUAAUUCUAACAGCGGGACAAAUAGCUCUUCAUUUGUUUCUUCAACUACAGCCACUAUAACAGCAAGAAGACCGUUGAGACCAGAGAAAUCACUUCAUGAAUCUAUAUUUAAUUGUAGCCUAACAUCUGAUAAUGUUUUGCGUGAAUUACCGUCACCUGCAGCUGAAGCUGGCGAACAAGUCUUUGAAUUGCUUAUUCGUUUACCUGAUGGGGCUCGAGAGAUUUAUCGACUCCCGUCUACUCUCAAGUUGCAGGAUCUUCAUUCAUAUUUCGAAUAUCGUGGCUAUCCAACAAGUCGAUAUGAAGUUGUUCGCAUUCACCCUUAUCUGUGUCUUUCAGUCAUGCCACAAUCAAUUUCGUUAGCUGUUGCUGGAUUAAGCACAAAAGAUACCUUGUUUAUUCAAGAGCGUUAAGAAAACACACAUCACUGUACACAUGUUACUAUUAUUAUUACUAUUAUUACUGUUAUUACUACUAUAAAUAUUAUCGUUUUUCUCAGUAUUCUCAGCCAGAAAAGCAGCCGUUUGAUCCCUUUUUUGGUCCAUUCAGACGUUUUUCCUCGAGUUAAUCAUUGAGUUCCCCCUUUUUGCUUUGUUCUCUUAUUCAUCUUAUAAGUUUACUUUUUGCUGUUCUUGUCGUGUUGUACGAAGUAAAGAUGGAACAACAGAAGACAGGGGUCGGCAACAGAUCCUUUUAUCACGGAAAUAAACACGUAUUUAUAUAUAUCCUGUACAUUAUUAUAACUUAUUCAAGUAGACAAACGCAGUCUUCUGAUUGGUUGUUUUGGGUAACCAUAUUUGCCCACGUUAAGUUUGGUGUGUGAUUGGUUGUUGAACCAGCCUUGUUCAUAUUUACUCACGGCCAAUAUUAGUGACCUAGACAUUGACGUAGAUUAAUGUCUACCGAUUGGCUAGCAGCUAGCCUGCUCUCACCAGAAAGAUAUGUAGAUGUAUUGUUCAUCAAAUUUAUAUUGCAAAGAAUGAUUAUAUCUUAUAAUAUGAGAGCUGGCAGCAACCGAGCUAGCCACCUAAUUUUUUUGUUAGAUAGAUGAGUAGGCAGGUAGGAUAGGGUGUACUUUCUCCCAUCAUCAUUGCAGCCUCUACUGUUGACUAUGCAAAAUGUAUAAUGGUGUUCACCUCGCUGACCAUGUGCAAACGUUUUUUUGGGUAUAUAUCUAUAUAUAUAUAUAUAUAUAUAU